AUGUUCGAGUGGCGAGGGCGAGGGUGGAGCGAAGGCAAGGAGGAGGAAGAAGAAGAAGAAGAGGAAGAAGAGGAGGAAGAAGAAGAAGAAGAGGAAGAAGAAGAAGAAGAAGAAGAAGAAGAAGAAGAAGAAGAGGAAGAAGAAGAAGAAGAAGAAGAAGAAGAAGAGGAGGAAGAAGAAGAAGAGGAAGAGGAAGAGGAAGAAGAAGAGGAAGAAGAAGAAGAAGAAGAAGAGGAAGAAGAAGAAGAAAAAGAAUUGAUUGUCCAUGUAGCUGAGAAACAUAAUUUGAAAAUACCAGAAGCUGACUACCAAUGUAAGUUUUGUGAUAAAACGUUUGGGAAAAAGAUAAUUUUGUAUAAACAUUAUAUCGAACAUGCCAAUGGUCAAUGGGUGUGUAUGACUUGUGGUAAAUUUUUGAAAAGUGAAGAAGAAUAUACAUCUCAUCUUGAAAAGCACAAAGAAAACAAAAAGUGGAAGUGUGAACGCUGCAAUGAAUCUUUCACUCGAAGACAACAGUAUUUUAUGCAUAUGAAGGAUCAUGAAAAGUACAAAUGCCAAGAAUGUGGUGAAUGUUUUGCUUCAAAGAGCAAAUACAGGGACCACAAACAAGUUGUGCAUGAUAUUAGAAGCGUGGAGCGUAGACAUCAAUGUUCUGAAUGUGGGCAAAGGUUUUCGCGUCCCACACUUCUGAUGCUGCAUUUCCGUAUUCACACAGGGGAGAAACCUCACGAGUGUAAAGAGUGUGGAAAGAAAUAUCACACUCCUAGAGGUUAUGCACAACAUCUUCAUUCAUCUAUGCACCAAAAACCUGAAAUUCAGGAGGCAUCUUUAAAAACAAUGAAAUGUCAAGAAUGUGAAUUAGAGUUUGCCACAAAACACUUGUUGGACAGGCAUGUUCUGCGUGCUCAUAAACAAGAAAUGUCCUUUAAGUGUGAAUACUGUGACCAGCGCUUCAAUUGUAAAGAAAACAUGAAACGUCACUUUGCUCUUCAUACGGAAGAGAGACAGUUUGUAUGUGAACAUUGUGCAGCAGCUUUUCAUUCAAUGAAUGCCCUUAAAGAUCACAUUUCCUAUGUACAUUCUGUUGUGAGAGAAUUCAUAUGUGCCAAGUGUGGAAUGUCAUUCAAAAGGAAUAGUGGGUUGAACCGCCACAUGGCUUCUCACUCUGAGGAUCGUCCUUUUGUGUGUUCUUGUGGAAUAUCGUACAAACGCUCUUCCCAUCUUCGGAGACAUAAAGAGACGUUUCAUGGAGAAGUUUUAAAGAGUCAAAAGUUAGUGCGCCUAAAACAAGAUGAAUCUGGUACAUUUGUUCCGGUUGAAGACACACAGCAAGGGAAGGAAAACAGGAGAAAGAAAAAGCAGGCAGAGAAUGUGGAACAAGAACAGGAACCAAUAGUUAUUGAGAAAAAUGGGGCAAACAAGAUUCUGGUGGUGUCUUUACCAAAUGGCCAUCCUUCUCCUCCAGCACCACCCCCACCACCUGCCCCGCCCCCUCUUCCCUCUUCCCUUUCUUCUCCUCUUCCUUCACCCUCUGUUUCUCCUUCAGAGCUUGCAUCUUCUCUGCAAUCCUCUUCAUCGCUGGAGCCCUCUGAUUCCCUUAAAGGAAAAUUGAAAGCCCUUGGUACCAUUUUGCCUUUGGUGGAUUCUACAGAGGUGGAACACUUUCAGGAGCUCUGUGAUAGAGAAAACAUUAUUAAUGCUAACAUAAACCUUGAGAGUGAUGAAUUGACAACAAUAGCUGAUGCAACUGAAAUAAGUGAUACAGAUGAAAGUCGAACAUCUACUUUCUCUGGGAAUAUAUUACAUACAAUUGUUUCAUACAACAUGACUGAUUUUCCUACCUCCCUAGCGUCUGUGCCUAGUGCAGAAUCUCAACUUGUGUUCACAAGUUCAGUUCCUGUGUCAUCCAUUAAUAUUGAUCGCUCUCACAAGGUCCUUACAUUAACAUUUGACCCUCUUUUAAAAUCUGGGACAGGCCUAAAACAUUCGGAAUCCUUUUCUCCAGAGAAAAAUAACUCUGGUGAGGGGGAAAGUUCUCUGUUGCUAGACCCAAGUGUUUCUUCUCACUUGGCAUUAGACAGUAUAUCUGAUUCUUUGUACGUGCCAAGUAUCACUCUGGAUCGUGCACCUACAUUGAUAACAUCUUCAGACACUGUAUUAAGUAAUAGUGCUGUACCCUUGCCUUCUGAUGACACAACUCUUAACAACUCUCUCAUUUCAUCUUCAGAUUCUUCUACGAUGGGGAAUUCCUCUGCUCUUUUCAAUUCAGUGGAUGCUACAUUUGGAACAUUACAACAUUCAGAAGUUUUGUUAAAUAUGCAAUCUCAUAUUGACUCCCAACAUUUAGUCUCUCCAUAUUCUUUGUCCAAUAACUUAAAUAUUAGUGUAUCAGAUUGUGAGUCUCUUCUUUCUUCUCAAAACAGUCACAGUCAAGCAUCUCCUUCAAUGAUAUUAACACAAGAGACUGAAGAAUCUAUUGGCUUAGAUGGUGAGACAAUUGCUAUUUUGCCAGAUUAUUUACAUCCUAAUUUUUCUUUUUUAAAUGUAUAACUCAAAAAGACAUUGGCAAUCUCAUGUAUACGUUUAAAAGGAAAUAGAAUAAAUUAGUAGAAGUCACGUAGCAUUAAUAAGUACCUGGUAUAUACUAUUCUAAUAAAUUAGGUGAUAUCUGGCAUUACUGAUUAUCACAAUAACGUGUAUAUUUUAAUAAGGAUAAUUUUUCAUUUUCAAAAAGUGUUGGUAUUAAUGUAAUAUAUAUGUCGGGCUCAGAAGCAAAUUAGUUAUUUCAAAUGUAAUGAAGAAUUGUCUACCAUGGCUCUUUUCAACGUUCAUGACUUUAUUAUUAUUAUUAUUAUUAUUAUUAUUAUUAUUAUUAUUAUUAUUAUUAUUAUUAUUAUAGUUCAAAAGUUAAAAUAAAAAUCCUCGUUAUUUUUUACACAAAAAUUUUUGAUUUUUAUUUAUCUCUUCAGUCCAAUUAUUUUUUUAACAUAAAUUAAACCUGUACAAAAUGUAAAGGGUUAUGUUACUUAUGCAGACAUGCAAUAAUGUGUGCUGAUAAAGCAUUUCAUUUUCAGAAAUAAAAAUUUAUUUUAGUAAGGAAAUGUAUGACUGAUAUUGCUGUUUUUAUAUAAUAAAAUAAUAGGGAUUUGUCUGUUUAUUUAUAAUCUUUUUUCAUGUAAAUUAUGAUACUUAAAAUAGUAUGGUGCUGAUGAAAUUCAAAAAGAAGUUUGCAAAACUUGUAUUAUUUGGAGAAAAACUAUCAUAGUAUUGCAUAUAGAAAUAGUAUCUUUUAAAUACAGUAGAAUAGAACCGUACAUGAAUCGCAAAUUAAUAUUAUAUUUAAUAUCAUCCUCAACUUUUAAAGUUGAGUGUUGUAAAUAAUGGCAAAGUUGCUGAUAGUGACAUACCGUUGGUGAGUGAAAAGCAGUAUUGAACAAUGUAUUUCUAUACCAAGAACAGUAUUUGCAGAGCAGUGGGUUGUGGGUUCUGUGUAAAUGAAUGUAUGUGAUUGUAUAUGAGAAAAGAAUGCUCGUUAGAUUGUUAACAUUGCUCCUGCCUUACCUUGUGGUACAAACAUACAAAUUGAGUGCAUAAAAAAUAUAUAUUCAUACUCUCAUUAUUGUGCAUUUAUAAAGAAUAUUCUAUGAGGUGUAAGGCUGUGCCAAAUAUUUUUCAGAGUGUUACCAAUUGUAUAUAUUUAUUUAAUGUGAAAUAUACAUUUCAAGUAUGUAAUGUACUUUUACUACAUACAAAGAAUUUAUGAAUUGAAUUUGUUUUGUUUCUUUCCUGGUACUCCAUCCUUUCUUUUGGGUAUUAUAUCUCUUUCCAACCUCUUGCCUAAACUGUUAUUCACCUAAGCAAUUAUUCAUAAGUGUAAAACAUUAAAUUGUUUGUAGGAACAUGGCAUUGUUAAUGAAUGAGAGAAGU